AUGUGUGCUGGAAAGCGGGUGGCCAACAAAGAUGCGCUUGAAGUUCUGUUUCUCUCUCACAUGCUUUGUCAAAUUCGUGAUACUUGCGUUGAUGAGUUUAAGGGACCGUCAGAAGCGCUGGUAGAGCUCUAUCCAUAUACAUAUGAGCACGACUGGUUUACUUAUCUCCCUCGCACUUGCCUUCUAAUAUUUUCUACCUCCAUCGCAGCUUCCGUUCAUAUCCAACACCAUCCUUCCUCCAUAGUUGUGACGGGCAGAAUAGCCGCUGUCGUGGACUAUUCUCCUUGCUACGAACUACAAUGCAUCAACAUAUUAUAUAUGCUGCUCGUUGCUUAG